GCCAGCAUCGCGACCACCACACUUCCCCGCGCCAUCCAUUGAAAACAGAGAUGGAGGGAGCGGCUCCCAAUGCCUCACAGGUCAAAACCCAGUACUGCCGCCUCUCUGCUCCUCGGGAUAACCCACUACUGCCGCCUCUUCGCUCCAUCCAAAGCUCUCCCCUUCGUCAUUAGUAGCCCAUCCUCGUCUCUUUAAAGCGAGCAGAGCAUUGCAGGCCUUGCUCCGUUAUUAAAGGAGCCACUUUUACGACCAACCAUUACUGUUCUCCCUCUCCACUGUGUCUUCUGCUUCGCUCGCGCUGUUACUGUGCGAAGAGAUAUGGAGGGGAUGAAGAGCUGGCAAAUCCCUGCUUUUGGGAACUGCGACGAGAGGUUCAUCACCCAGUACUACAAAUCCGCAAGCCAGGGGAGAGCAAGAUUUGUUGACGAAGAAGAUCUUUUCGAGGUGCCAGUAGCCAUGCCUGUGAAGUAUGGUAAUCCUUACGGCGGCCAUUGUCGCCGAAAGGUGAAGUCGGGGAAUGAAGACGGAGCUGAGAAGCAACACAUUAAACAGGGAAGGGGCUUUGGUGCUGCCGCAGGUACUCUGAGGAGGCGUAAUGCUGUGGACGAGGAUUUGUAUAAGAUUCCCCCUGAGUUUCUCCAUCAAAAGCCUAUGAGGAAGAAGCCUCUGAGGAGCUUGUUGUCGGGAUGUAUGAGUCUCAACUGCAUUCGCUGAGCUCGGAGAAGAACCAUGAAAUCAUCACACUUUUCUCAUUUCCUGCUCUCUUUUAAUUUAUUUUCAUCCUUCAUGGAUUUGGUGUUUAGAUUCUCAGCAUAAGAUGCUAGUUUUACAUUCAUUGGAGAGGAUGCAUACGGAUUCGCAAUUUUUGAUUAAUGUAUGUCUCACAAAGUCUAUGUGGCAGUUGUAACUUUUGACUUAGUGUACUUCAACGAUUAGCACGUGAUGGCUCGAUUAAUAAUGAGGGGAAUUUGCCAAAUUU